AAGUUGUACUGUUUAGUAAGCACUAAUUCCUACUACUUCUCUCAAUCGUGGUCGAAUAUUACCUAUUCGAGGAGGAAUAUCUGAUACUAUUUGGAAAAAAAUAAUUAUUAUUAAGAUUUGGUUACAGAUCUAAGGUGUUAUUUAAUUAUUUUUUAAAAUAGGCAGUGAAGAAUGUUUCGAAACUUGAAAAUUGUAAUGUUACGAACUGUGAAUAGAAAAUUUAUUUCUCGUAACAAUUCAUCAGAAACACCUAAGUAUGUAACAAACAAUGUAAGACCAAUUGAAUCUACUGUAGAUUCAAAAGAAAUAGAAUUUUUUGGAAAAUUAAACAAUAAAUGGUGGGAUCCCAAUGGUCAUUUAGCUCUUCUUCAUAUUAUGAAUCCUAUUAGGAUACAGUUUAUACGAGAUGGCUUAGCUAACACGGGCAUUAUUAAAGAUGAUACAAAUUUACCUUUAAAAGAAACAAAGAUUAUUGAUGUUGGAUGUGGAGGAGGAAUAUUCUCUGAAUCAUUAGCUAGAAUAGGAGCAGAAGUAACUGGAAUAGAUAAUUCGUUAGAAUUGAUAGAUGUUGCAAAGGAACAUGCUUUAUUAGAUUCCAAUUUAUCAGGAAGAUUAAAUUAUCUUCAAACUACUAUUGAAGAAUUUGAAAAAGAAAAUACAGAGAAAUAUGAUGCAGUAGUAGCUUCUGAAAUUUUGGAACAUGUAUCUAAUCAACAAUUAUUUCUUAAAUCUUGUUCAUCAGUUAUAAAACCUGGAGGGUCACUGUUUAUUACUACUAUAAAUAAAACUUUACUAUCUUGGUUGGGUGCAAUUAUUGCAGGAGAGUAUAUAUUGAAGUAUCUGCCAAUUGGAACACAUGAUUGGAACAAAUUUAUUUCGCCAGAGGAAGUUCAACGUUUCUUAGAAACUUGUGGUUUAAAGACAAAACUAAUUCAUGGGAUAGUUUUUAAUCCAAUAAAAAACGAAUGGUCUUGGUCAUCAAAUACUUCAAUAAAUUAUGGGCUUCAUGCAAUCAAACAAUAAUAAUCCAAAAUUGCCCAUAUAAUAAU